AUUGGGCCUUCCACUAGAAGGAGACCCGGGGAGGUGAGGGUCGGGGAGCAGUCCUGCAAGCUGCGGAAUCACUAUCAAUCACUAUCGGGAGAGGUCUCAUUACUAGAAAUAACAAGAGGAACCUGCAUUAAGGUUCCUCAACCUGGGUUAAGGAGGAUGUGCCGUUCCCAGGGGAGGCUUAGCCGGGGCUCCCCAGCUUCCUCCAUUUUCUGACCGGCUCCAGGAAUAGAACCAAAAGAAGCUGAACAAGGAAGCAGUGCGGCACCAAGAAAAGCAGAAGUCGGGGCCUUGGAGUCGUGACUCUCCCCUCGGGUCCAGCUGGGGCCUGGCGCUACAAGUGCCGCCUGUGCUGGGGAAGGGACCAUGUGGCUGCCUUGGGCUCUGCUGCUUCUCUGGGUCCCAGGCUGUUUUCCUCUGAGAGGCCCCGGCACCGUGUACGGCCCCGUGGGGGGAUCCCUGAGCGUGCAGUGUUCGUAUGAUGAGGAACAUAAGACUCUCAACAAAUACUGGUGCAGACCACCACGGCUUCUCCGAUGUGACAAGAUUGUGGAGACCAAAGAACCAGCAGGAAAAAUGAACGGCCGAGUGUCCAUCAGGGACUCUCCUGAAAACCUCAGCUUCACAGUGACCUUGGAGAGCCUCACAGAGGAGGACGCAGGCACAUAUUGGUGUGGGGUGGAUACACCGUGGCUCCAAGACCUUCGUGAUCCCUAUGUCCAGGUUGAGGUGUCCGUGUUCACAGGCAUCCUGAGUGGUGGGAGAGCCAGAGGACGGCUCCCUGGGUCUGAUGAUGUGGUUUUGCCACCAGCAUCAACGUCAACACCACCUACAAGCAUCACUGCAGCCAGGACCUCAGCAAUCACAACUGUAUUUCCAUUUGUAUCAUCCACUUCCCUGUUUGCAGUGAGUGCCACCCACAGUACCAGCAACCGGGAGGAAAAUGAGGAGGUCGUGAGCUCACAGCUCCCGCUGCUCCUCUCCCUGUUGGCAUUGUUGCUGCUUCUGUUGAUGGGGGCCUCCCUGCUAGCCUGGAGGAUGUUUCAGAAAUGGAUCAAAGCUGGUGAGCAUUCAGAGCUGUCUCAGAACCCCAAGCAGGCUGCUGAACAGAGUGAGCUGCACUACGCGAAUCUGGAGCUGCUGUCCUGGCCUCUGCAGGAAGAGCCAGCACCACCAAGAGAGGUGCAGGUAGAAUACAGCACCGUGGCCGCCCCCAGGGAAGAACUUCACUAUGCCUCGGUGGUGUUUGAUUCUAACACCAACAGGAUAGCUGCUCAGAGGCCCCGGGAGAAAGAACCAGAUUCAUAUUACAAUGUGAUAAAGAAGACAUAGGCCUUUGUCCUGCCUCACUGUCCGGAGGUCUCAUGGGCCCCAGGAAGUCCAGGGAUGGCUCCCUUAUCCCUGGCCCACGUCCUCCUCAGCCUGCCCUCGACGACAGUGACCAAUAGACAGGCAGCUGGGUUUCCCAGGCCGUCCCUCUGUUGCCAUCAGCUCGACUGGCUUCCCUGAGGGCCAGCAGGGCUGGGGGCUCCGGGGAGCAGCAGGAAGCACUCCCAGUCACCAGCACCUGUCGCCCCUUUCCACUUUGCCCCUGCUUCAUCCCGGCUCUGUGUGUGGAGGACGAAGAUCCUUCACGUGGCUCCAGGAAAAGAUGUGGCUCACGUAGGCGGCACCUGCCAAUAGCUUUGUCCAUCACAGCCCUGCAGGAAUGUCUGGAAUUGCUUGGGAGUUGGGGAGAACUGUCAGGAAGAGCCAAGAGAGUGCCAAAGUGGAGAUCUGUUCACAUGGGGGCCAUGGUGGGGGACCCACUAAAGAUCAAGAUCAAAGAUCCUCCCCACCUCACAGACAAGGAAACUGAGGCCCGAGGGAGGAGAGAAUUGCUCAUGGCUCCAGGACUGGUGGCAAGUUUCUCUGGACUCCUAGGUUUAUUUUUAAUAUGAGAUAUAAAAACAGUUUCAAAUAUCUUAUUAAGGGAAAAGUAAAAAGUUAUUUAAACAA